AGCAAGCAGGAGGAAUUACUCCAGGAGAAACUACGGACAUACUAUUGAAAAGAUGGAGAUUAAGGAAGAACCCUGCAGAAUAAAAGAUGAAGAUACAGAGGAACAAAUAGACACGAUGGAAGGGAAUGAAGACAAACCAUAUACAUUUCAAAAAACUCAUGUAAAAAAUGAAGAUGGAAAACUGACGUAUAAAAAUGAAGACAAUCAACAUCUGUUUCCAAAACCUCAUCAUUUCAAAAAUGAAGAUGAAAAUGCAGUCGUUUCAAAGACAGAAGAGAAUUUCACACAAAAACAAGCUGGAAAAUCUGGAGUCAAAGGAUUUUUUACCUGUUCUGAGUGUGGAAAGAGUUACAUGCAUAAACCAGACCUUAAGAGACACAUGAGAAUUCACACUGGAGAAAAACUAUUCACCUGCACUCAGUGUGGAAAGAGUUUCAUUCAUAAAGGACACCUAAAUGUGCACAUGAGAAUUCACUCAGGAGAAAAUCUGUUCACAUGCACUCAGUGUGGAAAGAGUUUCAUUCAUAAAAGACACCUAAAUGUGCACAUGAGAAUUCACACUGGAGAAAAACCAUUCUCAUGCUCUCAGUGUGGAAAGAGUUUCACUUACAAAAGCGUUCUCAACAAUCAUCUGCUCUCUCACUCUGGAUUGAGAUCAUUCAGCUGUGAUCAGUGUGAUAAAACUUUUGUUUUGGCAUCAGGCUUAAGAGCACACCUUAAAGUUCAUGCUGGUGUGAGACCUCAUGUUUGUUCUUUUUGUGGGAAGGGUUUUUCUGAACUGCACACUUUAAAACAGCAUGAGCGUAUUCAUACUGGUGUGAGACCUCAUUGUUGCAUUGACUGUGGGAAGACCUUUAUUACAUCCAGUGCCUUAAAAUCUCACCAGAGAGUUCAUACUGGAGCUAAACCGUACAAGUGCUCACACUGUGGAAAGAGUUUCUCUUGCUCAAAAUCCUUGAAAGAUCAUGGGAGAAUGCAUACUGGAGAAAAACCUUACAAGUGUUCACACUGUGGAAAGAGUUUUGCUUGGUCAGGAAACCUGAAAGAUCAUGAGAGAAUUCAUACUGGAGAGAAGCCGCACCAGUGCUCUUCAUGUGGGAAGAGUUUCAUCCAAAUAUCUAAUUUAUGGACUCAUAAGAAAAAACGUUGCCCAAUCUUAUUUAAUGAGCAAAGUUCAUGUUCUGAUCCAUCAAUCGCAAAUAAUACACUUACAAGUAAAUAAUUUGGCAUUCAUAUUAAGCAAAAGCUGGAUAAUUUUCUAAAAUUUGUUGUGAAGUUUGAUUGUUUGUCAAAGCGGAACCUUUGGGGAAGGUCAAAAUAAUAGUUUAGAAAACUAGUGUGUUGCCUUAAAAUGAUUUAGGAAGGGAUGUUUCUCAUUUAUUUGUGGAGUUCAAUUAUUUUUUUAUAAUAUGUAUUGAGGCAUUUGUGUAAAAGUGGCAACAAUAGUCUUAUUAAAACAGUACAUAUUUCAAACAACUUGUUUUAGGAUGACUUCUCAGUCCUUGUGUUUCUUGGGAAUAUCCCGGACGAGCCCCCAACAUUUAGGUAGAUUAUCUGUAGCCUCAAAGUUCUAGGCUGUUUAAGCUAUAAAUA